CUUAGUGUAAUAAAUUAAAUUACUAUAUCUUUAUGACGAGAAAGCAAUUCAUUUAACUCAGGCUUAGAGUGUGGUUAUUAACAGUUAAACACCACAUUUAAUUGUAUUUUGAAAUUCAAUACUCAUUUGUGUUUUUCAGUUAGUGUUUAUAAUUUCAAUAACAAUCAAGUAACAAUAAUACAAAGUGUUCAAUCAAAAGUAACUCUCAAAACGUUUUUUUCAACUCAAUUCGUCAAUUUCAUUAUUCAUAUAAUGUGAACGUUUUCAAGUAUUCAUACGAAAAGUUAUCUAUUAGAAAAUGAAUUUAAAUAGUUUUCAAAGCACAACUAUAUUCACAUCAGUCAUAUUGACAGUCAUAUUAUUCUCAUCCAUAAGUAAAUCUCAGGAUCUAAAUCAUGGGCCGGUGCGCUCAGGACAGGCGCCUAUAUUUAUACCGGGAAAUGCGAGACCAGUGCCACCAGUCGGCCCCCAAAUACUGGGCGAUAUGAUCCAAUUCCGACAGGAGCUCAUGUACCCGUACAACCUGAGCGACUUAACGAAGAUAACAUCAGACAAACCCCUACACGACCAGCCCCUGCCAUUCCGACUGCCAUUCUUUGGCUUCUGGUAUCACUAUAUUUGGAUCCAAAGGGACGGCUACCUGGCCUUCAAUAAGGGUUUACUGUCGUACAAGUUUCCCGUGAAGUUCCCGUUCGUACCCAAGGAUAACCUCAUGAAGGAGGACCCCUCGAUGAUCGCCCCCUGGUUUGCACAGCAGGACAUACCUACGGAAGUGCCGCACGCGGGCGUCUACUUAAAGAUCGUAAACCUCGAGUCGGAGCUCAAUAUCACGUUAAGAGAUCGCAUAUACUAUGACUUCCGGGAGGGUAUGAUCGGUGCCUCCGAUUUC